UAACGGUGAGAGCGGGAGGUUUGUGUGUGGUUCAUCGUGCUGGCAAGCAGCGGGUAGGGCUUAUCCCGGACUUCCCUUCACCACCAGUAAGCAUCGUGGGGAAUUCCAAGCAGGAAAUAGCGUGCAAAUCUCAAGGAAAUGGUUACGGUAUGGUUGCAGGGUCCUUGCGGAGUGCUUGCGGGCCUGAGACCGAAGAAACUGCGGGCGCUCUGCCUCCUUCUGGCCGCGGUGCUGCAGCAGGCCGUCUGUGAGUCGCCGGCACCAGCCGAAAAAACUUCCCACCAGAGCAAAGCAACUCGUCUGCUAGCCGAGAGAGUAAAGAGAAAUUAUGGCCCCAACAUCUGUUUCAACAGAGGUCAGCAGCAGUGUUGUCCAGGCUGGCAGCGGUCAGCUGGCAGUGGACAGUGCCUACAGGCACACUGCCCUUUUGGCUGCGGAAACGGAGUGUGCAUUGCGCCCUACACUUGCCGCUGUCCCGCGGGACCCCAUCAAGGCUACCAUAUCAGCUGCCAGGAUGAUGUAGAAAAUACCCUCAGGCCAGAUGUUUAUUCAGUCCAGGAAGGUCUUCCUCCUCUACCAGUAGAUCUAUCAAAAGAGCAUUCAACCCCAUACAGAAGAAUACGAGUUCUGAAGAGAAUAACAAUCAAGAAAAGGCCCAAAGUGCCUCCUCGGCAGGUGGACCAAGACUUCAAUGCUGCGGCGUUAGUAGAACCCUAUCCUGUUGCAAGAGAAGUGGUGGAGUCUACUGGUGGAGCACAAGAUCCCCAGUAUGUGGACAGAGGACAUGUAUCAACACUAUGCAGUGGUUAUGGCUGUGGACAGCCAACGCUUUGUGUUACCUAUGGAGGAUGUCAGCCUGGACAGCCCACUCAGCGACAGCCAACCAGCUGCGCCACUGCUGGCUGUGAACAGCAGUGUCAGCUGGUCAAUGGCCAGCCCAUCUGCACCUGUUACCAUGGAUACACGUUGAAGGAGGAUGGCAGAUAUUGCGCAGAUGUGGACGAGUGCACGAGGUACGGGAACUCCUACAGACUAUGUGAACAGGAGUGUCAGAACACUGUGGGCAGUUACUACUGCAGCUGUCAGCCCGGCUUCGUCCUCCAGCCCAACAGAAGAACCUGUGCUCCAGUACCAGGGAUGACUGCUUCUGUUGUCAUUGGAGGAAAUUGCAUCAGUGGUUGUCCAACUGGAGAGCAAAUUUGUGGUGUUGGCUUCGAGCUUCAGCAGACACCGUAUGGGGAGCAGUGUGUGGAGAUCGAUGAAUGUGCACAGUCUCACUGCAGCCAGGGGUGCAGGGAUAGCGAGGGGGGGUUCACUUGUACCUGUCUGGAGGGCUUCAAGCUGGAUGCAGACGGCACUAAAUGUAUCGAUGAGGAUGAGUGUUCUCAGGACAACUGGCGCCCGUGUCACCAGAUCUGCCAGAACACGUUGGGCAGUUUUCAGUGUUCCUGUCAGCAUGGCUUCAGACUGCUUAAUAACGGCAGGUCCUGCAUGGAUAUCAACGAGUGCACAGAGGGUCGUCCCAGGUGUCACCACCAGUGCCAGAACACCUACGGCAGCUACAAGUGCACCUGCAGACCAGGCUUCCGGCUGUUGGAGGAUGGCAGCACCUGUGCAGACAUAGAUGAGUGUGCAGUGACUUCUGGGAUCUGCCAGGGGGCGUGUGUAAACACCAUUGGGUCCUACCAGUGUGCCUGUCCCCAGGGCUACAACAUGGAAGGAGGGAGAUGUGUUGAUAUAGACGAGUGUCGGCAGCCUGACAGAGGUCGGUGUGAGCAGACAUGCAUGAACAACGUGGGCAGCUACUUCUGCUCCUGUAACCGGGGAUUUGUUCUGACAUCUGAUGGUCGUGGGUGUGGAGAUAUAGACGAGUGUGAGCUUUACGGGACCAGAGUCUGCCAGCAGGGCUGCACCAACACCUAUGGCAGCUACACAUGUCACUGUCCUGACGGCUACAAGCUGCAUGAAAACGGACAGAACUGUGUGGAUGUUGAUGAGUGCCAGGUCCACACCAGGAUGUGCCACUACGAAUGUCAGAACACGAUGGGGUCCUUCACCUGCUCCUGCCCACCAGGCUACACACUGGGGAGUGAUGGCAGGACAUGUAACGAUAUCAAUGAGUGUGAACUUGGUGGAAAUGGAUGCCAACACAGCUGCCAGAACACCAUAGGCAGCUACAAGUGUGUGUGCAGAGAUGGCUACAGCAUAGACCCCAACGGACAGUGUGCCGAUGAGAACGAGUGUGGAGCAGACAACCCUUGCUCCCACCAGUGUGUGAACACAGAAGGAGGGUUCCAGUGCCUGUGUCCCAGAGGUCUCAGUCUGCUACCUGAUGGAAAGAGAUGUGAAGAUCGUGAUGAAUGUGCCCAGCCCAGCAGAGGUGGCUGUCAUCACAGCUGUGUGAACACACAUGGCAGUUACUACUGUGCCUGUAACCCUGGAUACAGGCUCAUGCCCGACAGGAGGAGGUGUCAAGCCACAGACAGCGGUACUGGCUGCCCAGAAGUCUCCAUCCCCUGCCCCAUGCAAUGUCCUCAAGGCUUCAGGCCAGACUCCACUGGAAUCAACUGUGUAGACAUCGACGAGUGCCAAGUGCUCCAGACAUGUGGUUACUGCAGCGGCUACAGGAAGUGCAGCCAUACCUGUGUGAACACUGCCGGCAGCUUCUACUGCUCCUGCCCACCCAGCCUCACCCUGCACCCUGAUGGACGCACCUGUGUACCAGUGUCGCCACAGCCCACCUGUGACAGGACGUGUUUGAACGGCGGGACCUGUCGUGUGUCGGGCGGCUGUUACACCAGCUGUGUCAUCUCCUACUGCGAAUGUCCUGACGGUUUCACUGGCCUGAACUGUGAGAUAGGAGCUGGUGGGUGCAGCCCACCAUGUGCAAAUGGAGGCAGUUGUGUGGAGAAGGAGUGUGUGUGUCCACCUGGGCUCACAGGCAAAACAUGUGCUAUAGAUAUAAAUGAAUGCCAGACAAAUGUGACUGAAUGUGCCCAUCGCUGUCAGAACACCUUCGGCAGCUUUCAGUGUCUCUGUCCUCCCGACUCCACUCUCAAUGCAGAUGGCAAGACAUGCAAAGAGAUUGGCUGUUUCCCAGCUUGUAUGAGUGGAGGGAGUUGUGUGAACAACAAGUGUGUUUGUCCAACAGGACUGAAUGGACCAACCUGUCAACAAGAUGUGAACGAGUGCUUGGAGAAGAAUGGCGGAUGUGAUGAUAUCUGUAGAAACACCUUUGGCAGCUACCACUGUUUCUGUAAACCAGGAACUACCCUCAACCCUGAUGGCAAAACCUGCUCUGAUGGCGCCUGCCAGCCUGCUUGUGAAAAUGGAGCCACCUGUGAGAAUGGCAUUUGCCAGUGUAAAGAAGGGUUCAUGGGGCCUUCAUGUGCCAUUGAUAUUGAUGAGUGUGGCCUUGAGAUUGAGUCCUACAGAACAUGUGACCAGGAUUGUGUCAACACUGUUGGCAGCUACUACUGCACCUGUGUCUUCGGAUACGAACUUCAGGAAGAUGGAAGGUCUUGCAGAGAGAGUGGCUGUGAUCCUGCCUGUGAAAAUGGAGGCAGCUGUCAGUUUGGGCAGUGUUUCUGUCUACCAGGCUACUCUGGACCCACCUGUAGUUCUGAGGCACCCUGUGAGCCUACCUGUGAGAAUGGAGGCACCUGUAAGGCAGGACAGUGUGUCUGUCCACCAGGCUACCUGGGACCCAGCUGUGCUAUAGAGGCACCCUGUGAGCCUACCUGUGAGAAUGGAGGCACCUGUAAGGCUGGACAGUGUGUCUGUCCACCAGGCUAUCUGGGACCCAGCUGUGCUCUAGAGUCUGCCUGUGAGCCACCCUGUGAGAAUGGGGCCAUUUGCCAGGCAGGCCAGUGCCUCUGUCCACCUGGAUACCUGGGAGAGACCUGUGCCAUUGAGGCACCCUGUGAACCUACCUGUGAGAAUGGAGGCACGUGUAAGGCUGGCGAAUGCCUGUGCCCACCAGGCUACCUGGGCCCUAGCUGUGCUAUUGAGGCACCCUGUGAACCUACCUGUGAGAAUGGAGGCACCUGUAAGGCUGGACAGUGUGUCUGUCCACCAGGCUACCUGGGGCGUAGUUGUGCCAUUGAGGCACCCUGUGAGCCUGCCUGUGAGAAUGGAGGCACCUGUAAGGCUGGACAGUGUGUCUGUCCACCAGGCUAUCUUGGGAAUAAUUGUGCCAUUGAGAUGGCCUGUGAACCUACCUGUGAGAAUGGAGGCACCUGUAAGGCUGGACAGUGUGUCUGUCCACCAGGCUACCUGGGGUCAAGCUGCUCUAUUGAGGCACCCUGUGAGCCUACUUGUGAGAAUGGAGGCACCUGUAAGGCUGGACAGUGUGUCUGUCCACCAGGAUACCUGGGGCCCACCUGUGCUAUAGAGGCACCCUGUGAGCCUACCUGUGAGAAUGGAGGCACCUGUAAGGCUGGACAGUGUGUCUGUCCACCAGGCUACCUGGGACCCAGCUGUUCUGAUGAGGCGCCCUGUGAGCCUACCUGUGAGAAUGGAGGCACCUGUGUGGCUGGUCAGUGCCUGUGUCCACUGGGGUACCUGGGGCCCAGCUGUGCUGUUGAGGCGCCCUGUGAGCCUACCUGUGAGAAUGGAGGCACAUGUAAGGCUGGACAGUGUGUCUGUCCACCAGGCUAUCUGGGGCCCACCUGUGCUAUAGAGGCACCCUGUGAGCCUACCUGUGAGAAUGGAGGCACCUGUGUGGCUGGUCAGUGCCUGUGUCCACUGGGGUACCUGGGGCCCAGCUGUGCUGUUGAGGCACCCUGUGAGCCUACCUGUGAGAAUGGAGGUACCUGUAAGGCUGGACAGUGUGUCUGUCCACCAGGCUACCUGGGGCGUAGUUGUGCCAUUGAGGCGCCAUGUGAGCCAACUUGUGAGAAUGGAGGCACCUGUAAGGCUGGGCAAUGCGUCUGUCCACCUGGCUAUCUGGGGCCCAGCUGUGCUAUAGAGGCGCCCUGUGAGCCUACCUGUGAGAAUGGAGGCACCUGUGUGGCUGGUCAGUGCCUGUGUCCACUGGGGUACCUGGGGCCCAGCUGUGCUGUUGAGGCGCCCUGUGAGCCUGCCUGUGAGAAUGGAGGCACCUGUAAGGCUGGACAGUGCGUCUGUCCACCAGGCUACCUGGGGCGUAGUUGUGCCAUUGAGAUGGCCUGUGAGCCUACCUGUGAGAAUGGAGGCACCUGUAAGGCUGGACAGUGUGUCUGUCCACCAGGCUAUCUGGGGCCCAGCUGUGCUAUAGAGGCGCCCUGUGAGCCUACUUGUGAGAAUGGAGGCACCUGUAAGGCUGGACAGUGUGUCUGUCCACCAGGAUACCUGGGACCCAGCUGCUCUCUAGAGGCACCCUGUGAGCCUGCCUGUGAGAAUGGUGGCCUCUGUGUGGCAGGGAUUUGCCUCUGUCCACCAGGGUACUUGGGACCUAGUUGUGCUAUAGAGGCGCCCUGUGAGCCUACCUGUGAGAAUGGAGGCACCUGUGUGGCUGGUCAGUGCCUGUGUCCACUGGGGUACCUGGGGCCCAGCUGUGCUGUUGAGGCACCCUGUGAGCCUGCCUGUGAGAAUGGAGGCACCUGUAAGGCUGGACAGUGUGUCUGUCCACCAGGGUACCUGGGGAGUAGUUGUGCCAUUGAGGCACCCUGUGAGCCUACCUGUGAGAAUGGAGGCACCUGUAAGGCUGGACAGUGUAUUUGUCCACCAGGCUACCUGGGGCCCACCUGUGAUAUAGAGGCACCCUGUGAGCCUACCUGUGAGAAUGGAGGCACCUGUAAGGCUGGACAGUGUGUCUGUCCACCAGGCUACCUGGGGCCCAGCUGCUCAGAGGAGGCCCCCUGUGAGCCACCGUGUGAGAAUGGUGCCACCUGUAAGGCAGCAGUGUGUUUCUGUCCUCCAGGCUUCCUCGGACCAAGCUGUGAAUUUGAUAUUGAUGAAUGUGGCGGCAUUGGGCUUGAAUCAGUCAGCUUGUGUGAUCACAACUGUGUCAACACAGUGGGCAGCUACUACUGUACAUGUGAGGCUGGCUACCAACUCAGCAAUGACAGCAGCAGUUGUGUGGACAUAGAUGAGUGUGCAGUCGGAACUGAUGAGUGUCACCCCACGGCAAACUGUACCAACACCAUCGGGUCCUUCACCUGUUCCUGUAAUAUUGGACACGUGGGCGAUGGCAGGGUGUGCCUGGACAUAGAUGAGUGUGACUCAGGAACAGCUGACUGUGAUCCUGCUGCCACCUGCACCAACACAGCUGGCUCGUACAGCUGCGACUGUAACGAUGGCUAUGAAGGAGAUGGCAAGACGUGUGUGGCUACCUGCUAUCCCCCGUGUGGCCUGGGAUCCAGGUGUGUGAAUGGGACGUGUCUUUGCCCUCCUGGCUUUGUUGGGGAUGCUUGCAAUGCAGAUGUGGAUGAGUGUGUCAUGACACCAGGGGUCUGUGAGUUUGAGUGUAUGAACACCAUAGGCAGCUACAGGUGCGUGUGUCCAGCCGGAUUCAGUCUCAACCCAGAAGACCAGUCCACCUGUCUAGACAUUGAUGAGUGUGAGGAGCCAGUGUGUGCCCAGCAAUGUAUGAACUCCUACGGCUCCUACAAGUGUAACUGUGACCUUGGCUUUGUCCUGGAUGUGGAUGGUUUCAAUUGCACAGAACUAAAGUUGUUCCCCUGCACGUUUGAUGGAGUCCUGUAUGAGUCAGGGUCGACCUGGCAAGUGGAUCAGUGCACUGAAUGUUCCUGUAAUGAUGGUAUCAUCUUGUGCAGUGAGUGUCCCACACUUCCCUGUGCGACCACAGAACAGCCUGAGGGAGACUGUUGUCCUCGGUGUAAAGCUUGUAUUCAGGAUGGGUUGGAGUACCAACACCUUGACUCCUGGUCUCCCAUGUUUGACGCCUGUCAGAUCUGCACAUGUCUGGAGGGUGAGACCCAGUGUGAGCCUGUUGACUGUGACCUACCGUGCACCCACCCUGUAGUGCCCCCUGGUGAGUGCUGUGGGGACUGCACAGAUUGUUCUUAUGAAGGUUCCAUCAUACCCAGUGGGACAGUUUUCUUCCAGACUCCCCAGAACUGCUCCCAGUGUCUCUGUAUGGAUGGGAAUGUGCAGUGUAUAGAAGAGGAAUGUCCCCCUGUGGCAUGUUCCUAUCCCAUUCAAGGGCCUUGCUGUCCAUACUGUCCUGCAAACUGCAUCAUAGAGGAUGAUGAAGGCAGUGGGCUGUAUGAACAUGGAGAGGUCUUCAGUCCGAGUGACGACCCAUGUCUGGAGUGUACCUGCAUGGACGGUGAAGUGGAUUGUGAGAGUAUAGAAUGCCUCGUGCCCAACUGUCCCAUUGAGUUCCAGUUCCAGCCGCCAAACACCUGCUGCACUAUCUGUAGUGAGGAAGCCAUAGGCUGCCUGACAGCUGACAACACUGUCAUCCCCAUCGGCCGCACCUUCACCCUGCAGGGGGAGCCCUGCAAGUUCUGCUCUUGUCAGGCAGGUGGGAAUGUAGCGUGUGAGACCAUCGAGUGUGAGGUGAGCUGUACCCACCCUGUCAUCCACCCGGGGGUGUGCUGUCCAGACUGCUCAGGAGCAUGCUCCUACAAUAACGUGACCUACCCAGAUGGGGCAGCUUUCCCCUCCGCUGAUGCUGACUGUGAGAACUGUACAUGUCUGGAAGGAAAUGUUCAGUGUGAGCCUGUCAGCUGUCCCAUCCUGUGUUCUCACCCCUACCAGCCCCCAGGAGCAUGCUGUCCUAUCUGUGAAGAUUGUUACUUUGAGGGGAAGUUCCAUGAGAACAGGGGUAUAUUUGUGCCGGAGACCAACUCUUGCCAGACGUGUAUAUGUGCUCUUGGUUAUGUUGACUGCACAUCAAACUGCCCGCCUCUCAACUGUAGUAACACAGUUGUCCUACCUGGGGAGUGUUGUCCAGUCUGUACAGAAAGAACCUGUGUGAGAGAAGAUGGUGUCCAGUUUGCUGAAGGACAGACAUGGAUGCCCCUGGAGGACCCAUGUAGUCAGUGUGCCUGUGUGAGAUCUGGUGUUGUGUGCCGUGCGGUGACAUGUGAAAUAGAGUGCACCUUUGGGCUGCAAACAGAGGACACAUGUUGUCCUGACUGUAGUGUUUGCGACUAUGAAGGAGUUGUGUAUCAGGAUGGACAAGUUUUCCAGCCCAACGGAGAUGUCUGCACGACUUGUACCUGUAAGGAGGGUGAAGUAGACUGUGUAACACAGACCUGUCCUGAUCUCACCUGUACUGUCAUAGAGCCUCAGCUGGGCAAGUGCUGCCCCAAGUGCCAAGAGUGUGUGGAUGAUGAUGGGAUGAGAUACACACAUGGGCAGCUGUGGUCUCCAGCCAAUGACAGCUGCACAUCCUGUCUCUGUGCUAACACUGAGAUCAGCUGUACCACUAUCACCUGCCCAGCUGUGUGUGACAAACCCACCCUGGUACCUGGCUACUGCUGUCCUGUGUGUGAUGGCUGUGAAUAUGACGGUACAAAGUACCAGGAGGGGGAUGUGUUCAAACCAGACGACGACCAGUGUGUGGAGUGUCAGUGUCAGGAUGACCAGCUGGUCUGUAGCACCAUCGUCUGUCCCAUCCCUGCCUGCAGUGCUGAGGAGACCAUACUGGAGGAGGGUGCCUGCUGUCCUAUGUGCAAAGGUGAGAUACAAAGGGCUGACUUCUGUGAGAUGGAUGGAGUCCGACAUCCCAGUGGCACGUCCUUCAAACUUGACGACUGCACAAGCUGCAUUUGUGAGAGUGGUAACUCUACCUGCCUGACUGAGACCUGUGGCACUCUACUGUGUCCUUCUGACGAGAAGCUAAGGCUCCCAGGGGAAUGCUGUCCAAUAUGUCGAGGACUGGCCUGUAUGUUUGAGAAUGAGAUGAUUCCUUAUGGAGAGACCUUCACACCAAAAGGAGACAACUGUUCUGUAUGUGUCUGCAAGGGAGGAGACCUGCCUGAAUGUGAGAGGAUUGCUUGUCCCUUACUGAAGUGUAACAUAGAGAACCAAGUGUUACAGCCAGGCUCAUGCUGUGUGGAGUGCACAGUGGAUGAGUGGUGUUACUACCGGGGAGAUCGGUACCUGCUGGGUGAGAGGUGGACAGAUGAGUGUAAUGACUGUGUGUGUGUCGGAGGAGACUAUCAGUGCACACCCAGGACAUGCCCCCCUCUAGUCUGUAACCAGGGUGAAAUGCCGUUCCCUGUCCCAGAGGCCUGUUGUGAUGUCUGUGUGCCAGAUUCUGGAACCUGCAUUGUGUUUGGUGAUCCCCAUUACCGAACAUUCGAUGGGCGCUUUCAUGAUUUCCAGGGCACCUGCACCUACAUACUCUCAGAAGAUGGCGUGGAUAAUACAUUUCAAAUCAUAGUGCAGAAUGCUCCUCGGAGGCAGUUGUAUGUCCCUCUCCUGGGAGAAUGCCCUGGGCAGGGCUCGAGUACCACGGUAGGGAAUGAUGGGAAGGGGACAUAUGCAGUGUCAUGGACCCAGCUUGUAUCCAUUCACCUGGGCAGCAACACAAUAGACUUGCUGCCAGGCCACAGUGUCUUUGUGAACAAGGAGAUUGUGGAACUUCCUUAUGCAGUGGAACCUGUCUUCAGUAUCCAGAGAGCUGGGGAGUAUGUGGUGAUGACUGCAGCCAUCGGCAUCAAGGUGUCCUGGGAUGGAGAACACUUUGUGGAGGUGGAGGCUGCGGGGUCCUACAGGGGAAAGCUGCAGGGCCUGUGUGGGGACUUCAAUGCCUAUCCUGAUGAUGAUUUGAGGAUGGCCAAUGGGAAUACUGCACUGACUGCCUCUGACUUUGGCAACAGCUGGGAGAUUGGAGAGAGGCCAGACUGCUCAUGUCGUUAUGGGAAGGAGAUCAAGCCUUGUGAAAGUGUCUCGUUAGUUGCACAGAUGGAGGCUACAAGACAGUGUAGCAUUCUCAAGAGUGAGAUCUUCCAGCCUGCCCAUCGAGUUAUGGCCCCUGAGCCAUUCUUCGAUGCGUGCAGAUAUGACCUGUGCGCGUGUCCGGAGCAGGACCGCUGCUUGUGCGGCAUCCUGUCAGCCUAUGCUCACGAAGCCGCAAAACAGCAAGUUAUCCUGGACUGGAGGACCAACAGUUUAUGUGGCAUUUCAUGCCCAGAAGGUUUCCAGUAUGACGAGUGUGGCCCAUCGUGUCCGCAGACGUGUGAUAGUGUCUCCUCCAGCACAGAUAAGUGUCUACAGGCCUGUGUUCCCGGGUGCUUCUGUGCUGCAGGAAUGGUGCUACACAAUCUCCGCUGUAUUUCUCCUAGUGACUGUCCCACUACAUGAGAGCUGGUAGACUUUCACAUAGCUCUCUGCCUUUACAGUCUGUCUUAUAUUUCUUACAAAUGGAAACAGCUGAACUACGGAUAUAAGAUUUUAGAUACAGUAAAUUUUAGCUUCUAUAGGUACAUGUAGAGAAAGUCUUAAUGCAUUCUUACUUGACAGCGAGUUCACACCAAAAAAAGGGUUUUGAGACUUUGCAUUGCUCACAUUUUGCUGCCCUUGCAAAAUAUGUUACUAUCAUGGCUGAAAAGCAUAAAUGUGUUUUGGGUGCAAAUUGAUUUUGGGUCUGAACCUUACCUCCUGGUAAGUGGAGUUACUAUGCCAAACACUAUGGAUUAUUGUGAAAAUCUCUGAGUCAGUACUAGGAUUUUAAUGUCAACUGCAAGCCCCGAUUAUACCCAAGGUUUGUCUCUUUUUUAUUACAUCAGUCGCUUUGUUGCAAAUUUUCUAGCAAUUGCAUGCUUUUACCCAAUGUGAGGUUGCCAAACUUUGCGCAUUACUCUUGCCAGGCAACAAAUAUUUUUCCCUUACUUUGUUUUCUUUUACAAAAUUUGGAGAGGUUGAAGAAAACAAACUCAGUGGUGCUAAUGGGAUCACAUCCUUCCUUCCUGUACUCAUCUUGUGUCAGAAUUAUUCCCUGGAAGAGACAGUUGCUAGACUCAAGUCCAGGCUAUGCAGCCCUGAAAUGAAACCUUAACUGAGAUGUUAUCAGGGCAGCAUCUUAUAGUCAUUUGAGAUCAUUUGUUAUGUUUUCCUGGUAAACAGUCAUUACUUGUUGAUUAAGUCUUGACUGAAUCAAUUCAUACUCCAUUUGGGUAGCAAGACAAUUUUAAUUCUAAUUGUCACAAAAAGUUUUUAUGUAGUUUCUGUGGUAUAUUUGACGUGUGGCCUGAGGAGUUUGUUGUGUAAAGUGAUAUAGAAAUUUCCUUCUGUAACUU